AUGGCCACCACGACGGAGAAAUGCACUGCAACAGACUGGGAGACCAGCUUUAAUGCCAAAUUCGACAGGGUGUGCGCAGCGUUCUGGCGCCGGAUUGAAGCCCGUACUCAGCAGGCGCAGCCACCCACAACUCAGAUUUUAAAGCUCCAUCCGGCAACAUUCCCAAAAAACAGCUUUAGCGAGCCGAAAAACCCAGCCACACACAUGGCCCACGCCGCAGACUCAACCGCACUGACCUCUUCUGGGCCGGGUACUCACCUGGUGGUACCCCUCCUCCGCCAGCCACACACCCAGGGUAGAAACCGAACACCGGAACACUCCUGGGACCAGGACCCCCAAAUCGGGACCUGCGGCAAGAAGGCGCGAGUCCCCGUCAAGGCCUCAGGCCGAGGACAUGCGGCACACAGACUGCGCAAGCCAGUGCUAAGCUGGACACAACAACGGACAAGAACACCCAAACGACCACCUAAACUGGAGAGACAAUCUGGAGAAACACAGGAGACUUCCACUUACAAAAGGAGCAGAAAAAGGCGCACCUUACGACACGAGCCACAAACCCCCCACACACGCAGCAGCCGAGAGGCUCAACCCAAGCAGCCGAGGACGGCACAAUGCCUUCCAGUAAAGGGGGCCCAAACUCCUCCACAGACAUAUCAAUGGGCACCCCCCAGAGUGACGCUGGGUCACACACCACUCACAGAUCCUCGCUGUCACGGAACUGUGGGCCCAAUACCGGGAACCUCGGACAGGAGGAUCUCUUACACAAAGCCAGCGACCUACAUGCAACCCCAAAGGUCCCACAGAACAGGUGUAGGCUGA